GAGACCCGGUUCUUGCUCCCCUGCCUUCUCACUGCCCCGGCAGCCCGUCCUGACAGAACCAAGGAAAGGUAUGAUUUAAGUCUGGAUGAAACGAGAGCUUUGACAUUUCAGAGAGUGCAGUUUGCCAUGGGUCUACCUCUGUUAAAACGUGCAAUUCAGGAACAGGCAGAGAACACAAAGAAUUUUGUCAGUCGGAGCCUGGCCAUAGGAGAAGUCCUCUCCAUGGCGGACAUGGCCACAGGAGUAAAGCGUGGAAUAAUUUACUGGCUAUUUGGUGGCACAGUCAGGAAUCUUGGAAGCCCGGGACAUGUGACUAAGUGGCUUCAGCCACUCCAGGGGCAGAAAUACACUGGGAUGUUCGCAGUGACCGAGAGGGGCCACGGGAGCGACGUGAGAGGGAUCCAGACCCAAGCCACCUUUGACCUCUCUGUGCAGGAGUUCGUAAUUGACACGCCGUGUGAAAAUGCUGAGAAGAUGUUCGUCAGAAACGCGAUGCAUGGGAAUUACGCGGCCGUGUUUGCUCAGCUUAUCAUAAAUGGAAGGUCUCAAGGGCCCCACUGUUGCAUUGUUCCUGUCCGCGAUGAAAACGGAACCUUGUACCCAGGAGUGACGGCCGUUGAUAUGAUGUACAAAGAAGGCCUGCGUGGUGUGGAUAAUGGGAUUUUAAUAUUUCACGAGGUUCGGAUUCCAAGGGAGAACCUUCUGGAUAAGUUUGGCUCUGUGGCUCCAGAUGGGCGGUCCCGUUCCCCUAUUAAGAACAAGAGUGCAAGAUUCAACGGGAUGCUGGCAACGCUGACCCCUUCAAGCCGGAGGCAGUUUGGGCCUAAAGCCAAGAAAGAAGUCAAGAUCAUUGAGCACCAAACACAGACCCUUCGGCUGAUGCCUCACCUGGCCACAGCCUUGGCCUUGACCUUCGCCAGCAGGGUUACAUGAUGGAAAACCGAAUCUCAGGCCUACAAUGUGACACAGAUGUGUUUGUAACUUUUGAAGGUGACAAUGUUGUUAUGCUGCAGGUAAGAUUCAGGAAAUGUUUAUUCUUCUUUUAAAAAAAAAAGUUUAUUUAUUUACUUUG